AUGAUGGACCUUUUUGAGACCAACACUUUUCUUUUCAGUGAUUUGCGUUAUUUGGAAGAAGGGGAUCAUGAAGCACUACAUCACUUGGACAUGGCGGGGGUGUCUCCUCUGUACAAUGGGAACGACAGCCCGUUGUCUCCGGGCCAGGAUAAUGUUCCGUCCGAGACCGGGGGUGAGAGCAGUGGGGAGGAACACGUCCUUGCGCCUCCGGGUCUCCGUGCGCACUGCGACGGCCAGUGCCUCAUGUGGGCCUGUAAAAUCUGCAAGAGAAAGUCAGCCCCCACGGACAGACGCAAGGCUGCCACGCUCAGGGAGAGGAGGAGGCUCAAGAAGAUCAACGAGGCCUUCGACGCGCUGAAGAGGAAAACCGUGGCCAACCCUAACCAGAGGCUACCCAAAGUGGAGAUUUUACGCAGCGCUAUCAGCUACAUUGAGAGACUGCAGGAUCUGCUGCAAACACUGGACGAGCAGGAGAAAAAGCAAAACGGGUCAACCUAUAACUUUAAAGAACAAAAUGCAGCUGGUCAUGAGUGCCAUUGGAAAAAGUCCUCCGAGACCUGGCCCACCUCUGCUGACCAUUCCACUACAGCAAUGAUUACCCAGAAAGAAGGAUCCAGUGAUUCAUCAGCGUCCUCCAGCCUCCUCCGUCUCUCAUCCAUUGUGGACAGAAUCACCAACGAUGAGAAAAUCAGCUUCACAGAGGAUGUUUCAGAGAAUUAAGACCUGGAAUAUAUAGCAAGAGUUUAAAUUUACAAUUUCCAUUGUUAAUGUCUAAAUUAUUCCCACUAUUUUCAGCCAUUCUGGCUUGUUAUGUUGUCUUCAUUUGUA